AAUUUAUACACAGAUAAGAUUGCAAGGAGUUAGUGGCUGUAGUGUGUUCCGAGGCAGCAUGAAGCUAAUUCUGUGCCCCUCACUGCUGCUCUUAUUGUCCGUCGAUGUUCCAAGAUGUGGAGCUGCAUAUAUUUCUCCGCCUUCCAACGUGAAGGUCUUAAAUACAUCAUCCACGGAGCUUCAUGUGUCAUGGAGCCCACCAGUGUCCUGGGUUAAUAUAUCAUCCACUGAGAUGUCCCGGAACCCACCAGUGUCCUGGGUGAGGAUGUCUCCAGCAAUCACUGCCAAGACCAGCACUGUGUCCCAGCUCACCUACACUGUGUAUUGGAGAGUGUCAGAUGUUGACACCUGGGUGACACACAACACCAGUGACCUGGAGUACACCAUCAGGGACCUGCAGGAUUGUACGGUGUACCUGGUCAAAGUCACCUCCAGGGUGGAUAACAUGGAGUCAGCCUCGGGUCUCACAGCAAAAACAACAUGUCUGAAUGAUUCAGCACCAGAAGAUCUUGUUUUGAGCGAGUCUGGAGACGACGUGUACGUGUCUUGGACGUGGUCACCGACAGGACUAGUGGUAGUGUUCACGGUGACGUGGUACAGGAAUAACCAACUUCUUGGUAGCAUCAACGUUACUGACACUCACUACACCAUUAACAAUGUCAGCUUGGAUGAGAACCUCAAGGUGUGCGUCACCGCUGUUUACGACAACUGCAACAGCGUCCCUGUCUGCCAGACUGGAGAAAAACAGACUUCAGGAAAGGGUUUGAUAAUUGGUCUUAGCAUUGGGAUCCCUGCAGUUCUCAUUAUCAUUGCUAUCAUUAUCUACCUUUGCUGGCGUCCCAAACCUUCACAAAUUUAUAGUGCUGAUAUUGAGAUCCGAGGGAGACAGAGCGGUGGACACAACCAGAGAGGUGAAGCACAUUCGAAGAGCGAGGAAUUGUUGAGGAACGAAUUUUAUGCCAAAUUCGCGAAGCAGGUAUACAAGAAACCCACAAAGAACGCCUUGAAUCACGCUCACAAGAACAGAUAUGCUGACAUAUUGCCAUUUGACGAUACGCUUGUGAGGGUCAGUCAAGUGGAAUAUAUUAACGCGUCUUAUAUACUGUGCUUGUUGUAUAUCACUCAGGGAAAGAGGUUUAUAGCCACCCAAGAUCCAUAUCCUGACCAGGACGAUGACUUCUGGCAACUGAUCUGGGACUGUGACGUCUGUGUUAUCAUCAGACUGUCUGUUGAUAACACCAAGCAAGCUGUAGCACGUUACAUUGAUGAUCGUGGUGAUAACACCUGGGUGAUGGGUCAUGAUGAACUCAGUGUUACUCUUGUUGACAGUCACAACAACGGCAGCUUCAGGAAGAGGACACUGGUAGUAUCUCAGGAUAACCAAGUGAAGGUAAUCCACCAUUUUCAUAUGACCAACUGGCCGGAGAGGUCAGUGCCCAAGCAUGAUGACAUUCUCAGGUUGAUCAUGGAAGCUAGAAGCAUUGCCAAGGCACACCCUACAAGACCAGUACUUGUACACUGCGGAGCUGGUUGUGGCAGAAGUGGGACGUUGAUAGCACUGUGGCACAUGAUAGACGAGUACACGACCAGCCGCAUGGCUAACAUUGUCAGGACUGUGGAAAGUAUACGUGAAGGUCGCAUGAGCAUGGUACAGACAGUGGAUCAGUACGUGUAUAUAUAUCAGUGUUUUGAAGACUUCAGAGACAACCGUGAACGUUGGGAGACAGAGGUUGGUGAGUGACAGUGUCACGGUUCCUUCGAUAUAUUAUUAUAAUUAAGCGCUCAACCCGCAAGUCAUAAUGCGCUUGUAUGUAUAUAUGCAUGUAUGUAUAUACGUAUGUUUGUAUAAUGUUAUUUCCACAUGAUACAAUGUUUAUACAGAGAUGAGUGACAUUUAGGUGUGCAUGUAGAAUGCCCAUUUAUAUACAGAUAUGUACGUAUAUACGUAUGUAUGUAUAUACAUAUGUAUGUAUAUACGUAUGAAUGAGCAUUGUUUAGCAGUAUAAACAGCAAUACAAAUACAUACAUGUAAUUUUCCAAAGUUUUUGUAGAAUGCAAGAUACUCCAUUACAAGAUAAUAAUAAUAAUAAUAAUAAUAAUAAUAAUAAUAAUAAUAAUAAUAAUAAUAGUAUCUUUAUUUCUACAUGUACAAGGUAUACAGGCCUAACUGAUAUAGUACUUUAUUAAUUAUAUUUAGGGGAAAGAGUUAAAUAGGGGUCAGAAUAUACGUACUACAUUAAGAGAUGAUGUUUCGCACUGUAUACAUUAAGAGAUGAUGUUUUGCACUGUAUAUACACAAUAAUAAUGAAUACCUAUUUUAGGUAUUAAAAUCUUGACUGGUAGUUAACAAGUUGUAUUCAACCUUAGUGACGUCAUGCAGUUGAUUAGCUUUGAAAAACACUAAUCAGUGUAGGUCAUACCAUGUUUGGGGAAUGGAAAACACUCCUGUUUGAUCCCAGGGAAGGAAGUCCAGUUCCUUCGAUCAAGAUUAUUAUUAUAAUUAAGGGGAAGCACUAAACCCGUAGCAUUAUGCAGCGACUGUAGGGGGAUGUGGAAGGUAUUCAGGCUUAAUUCAGGGAACUGGAGCACAGAUCCAAUUCCCUAGAUCAAGAGCCCCUCACCGGCAUCAAGGAACUUUCCAUGAGGGACUUGAAUCAAGAGCCCCUAACCAGUGUCAAGGAAACUUUCUUGAGGGGCUUGGAUCAAGAGCCCCUGGAGUUUACCUGGAGAGGGUUUCCGGGGUCAACGCCCCCGCAGCCUGGUCUGAGACCAGUCCUCAUGGUGGAUCAGGGUCUGAUCAGCCAGGCUGUUACUGCUGGCUGCACGCAAGCUGACGUACGAACCACAGCCCGAUUGGUCAGGUACUGACUUUAGGUACCUGUCCAGUGUCAAGGAACCUUCCUUGAGGGGCUUGAAUUAAGAGCCCUCACCAACAUCAAGGAACCUUCCUUAAGGGGCUUGGAUUAAGAGCCCCUCACCAACAUCAAGGAACCUUCCUUGAGGAGCUUGGAUUAAGAGCCCCUCACCAACAUCA